AUGGGUUAUCUAGUGGACUUUCAAAUAUACCAAGGAGCUGAUCCUCAGAGGAAUGAAAAAUAUAAGAACGCAUUUGAAAAAUGUGCUGCUCCUUUGAUUCAAAUGAUCGAUCCUCUUCCUGAAAAGAACAAACAUACUGACUACAGGUUUUAUUUUGACAACCUGUUUACAUCACAAUCAUUGUGGAUUUACCUGAAGCAACGAGGUUUUGGUGCAAUUGGGAAUAUUCGUGAAAAUCGUCUGCCUAAAGAGUGUCAUCUCAUAUCUUCUAACACUAUGUCCAAAAUGAAUAAGAGAGGAGAUUUUGAUUACAAGAGCCGCAAGGAAAGUGGAAUAAUCGUUGCCAGAUGGCUAGAUAAUUCUACAGUAACAAUUGCUUCCACAAGCCAUGGUAUCAGUCCAGUCAGCACCAUUGCCCGAUACUCUAGACAAGAGAAGAAAAGAAUACUUGUUCCUCGACCUAGUGUAAUUGGAGAAUACAACGAAAAUAUGGGAGGAACUGACUGA